AUGGAGACAACAACAGCAGAGACACCCAAGCUUGAACGUCGUGGCUCGGCACCCGUGAAGCGAAGAGUCCCGAGGCACAUCCAGAAGCAGCGAGAAGAGGCAGCUGCCAGUGGUAGUCCGCAAACCCCCAAUGGAAUUUCGAGUUAUUACGAGAGGCCCGGCGUAAUGGCAGAGAUGGACGAAGAUGUUUGGUCGCAAUCUGAAGCAACACCAGUUGUACAACAUUUCCCAGCCGGCAAAGGUGGUCUGCCUGCAGGUGACUGGCAAGCUCUGAACCCUGGCACGACAUUCGAUCCACCUGUCAACCACAUGAUGAUCGACCCAUUGCUUCUUGGUUCUGGUGCUGCGUACCCGGCCAUGCAUGCCGAGAUGCCUCGCGAAGAGCUGAUGUACGCCAUGAACGGACCGAUACUCAAUGUCACCACCGCAUGCGAUCUCCUCGAAUUCUACUUCCAAAGUUCCUCGUCGGUAUUCAUGGAACCGGUUUCGCCGUACAUUCUCGGAUCCGUUUUCAGGAAGCGAAGUUUCCUCCGACAACACAAGCCCAGGAAAUGCAGCCCCGCUCUGUUAUCAAGCAUGCUAUGGGUCGCUGCCCAGACGAGUGAAGCGAGCUAUCUGACAUCUUCGCCGUCAGCCAGAGCUAUCAUCAGCCAGAAGCUGUGGAAGCUCACAGUAGAUCUGCUCAAGCCUCUUGUCCACUCUCCAUCCUCUCACGGUUUCGCUCCUGGACCUGGCUUGACAUCUGCCGCACACGACGCUUUCGGAGUUGACCGAGCUAUAGGACGAUACGAUGGAAGACCCGACGGAGCAAUGCCACCUACCAGCACCCUGGAUGAUGUUGCUACGUACAUCAACCUCGGAGUCGUGACGUCCGCGAGCGAAUACAAAGCGGCUUCUUUGCGGUGGUGGAACGCGGCAUGGUCGCUGGCUCGAGAACUAAAAUUAGGCCGAGAACUGCCACAAGGACCCGUGAAAGAGCGAGAGACAGCUGCAUCAGAGAAGGAGAUUGAGGCGGGUAUGCCGGAAGGCGCCAGCGCGCAGGCACCUGUGGGCACACCAUCCGCAGCAAUCGUGGAAGAGAUGAAGGAAGAAAGGCGCCGACUGUGGUGGUUGCUGUACAUGGUUGACCGGCACCUUGGCCUCUGCUACAACCGACCGUUGGCGAUGCUCGACAACGAAUGCGAGGACUUGUUCCAGCCGGUUCCUGACACCCUCUGGCAGACGGGCGAGUUCUACACUGGCCACCCUGGGUCACGGAAACGGGGACUCAAUUUUGAGUGCACAUCGCAUGACAUUUUCGGUUUCUUCCUGCCCUUGAUGACGAUUCUCGGAGACAUUGUAGAUCUGAAUGCACAGAAGAACCAUCCAAGAUUCGGCCAACGGACAUCCUGGGAGCUCCACGAGGCAGAAAUCACCCGCCAGUUAGAACGGUACGCGUACAGCAUCGAGGACUUCAAGGCACAACAUGGCUGCGGCUCGAAUGAGGAAGCGCAGGCCAACAGCACCCCAGACCCAGUUCGGAGCGAGUGGAUGCAUCAGACGAGGAAAGUCGCGGCAUAUGCCACCCACAUCAUGCACGUGUUGCAUAUCCUGUUACACGGCAAAUGGGAUCCGGUGGCACUAUUGGAGGACGACAACAUGUGGAUUUGCUCACAGUCCUUCCUUGCGGCGACUUCCAACGCGAUAUCCGCUGCGCAUGCGGUAGAAGUUAUACUGGACGUUGAUCCGGAUCUGUCGUUUAUGCCCUACUUGUUCGGCAUGUAUCUCCUGCAAGGAAGUCUGAUCCUGCUCCUUCUAGCGGACAAGCUAUCGACCGAGACCAAUGACGGGGUUAUUCGAGCGUGCGAAACCAUUGUCCGGGCACACGAGGCGGCCGUUGUGACUCUCAACACCGAGUAUCAGAGAAACUUCCGCAAAGUGAUGAUCUCGACAUUAGCGCAAAUAAAAGGCCACGGCCACGCCAGAGAGAUGACGCCUGCGAAGCGGCGGGAAGUCCUAUCCUUGUAUCGCUGGACAAGUUUAGGAAACGGAUUGGCCAUAUAA